CACACACCAACAUUCAAUUGUUUUUUAUAUUUUCUAGCCUACUUUGUUGGUGUUCAUACCAUUAUUUAUUUGCAAAUUGCUUACAUCAGCCAUAUGGCCCGGAUAUAAAUCUACAAUAUUAUGUCAUCUCACUUGUUAAAAAUUGAAUCUCUUCUCUCUAGCAAGUGUUUGACUAGCCUGUGGGAUUCCCUAGAGAGUUUUAUGGUGGGGCUUCUCAUAUUGCAACAAGAAUCUUCAUACAAAGAAAGAAGCAGGCUUUUCAUGGAGUUUCAAAAGUUUUAAACAUCAUAUCAAGAAUAUUAUUAUUACUAUUAUUGUUAUUAUUACAAGAUUUUGAUCGAGAUAUGAACAAAAAAGUUCAAAUUUUUAGAUAAAAUUUGUGGGAUUUUAAGUUCAAGAUCAGAGUAAUGGAGGCAUGGAGAGGCUAAGCAGUAAUUUGUUCGAUAUAUUGGAUAAAGUUUUGGGAUUUUGAGUACAAGAUUAUAGCUAUGGAUGACAGUGUAUUUCCGCCUAAUAACAUGUUCGGAGUUCCAUCGGAAUCCAUGAUGGAUUACGAUUACAUGGAUGAACUCUUGUUAGACGGAUGUUGGUUACAAGCAACAGACGGAUCCGAAUUCAUCAACAACAACAACAAUAAUCCCGUUUUCGACCCUUCAUUUAUCUGGCCGGCGGCAUUGGAGUUCAACAACACUGAUCAUAUACCAGAAGACGACGUUCAAGCAGAGAGGGCGAAAUCGUCAUUCCUCAAGAAUCUUUCAGUCAGUCAAAGUCAAAAUCAAACUCAAGACGGGAUUUUGACGACAACCCACGUUAGUGAUUCGACCGGUUUUCAUAAUCAAUCGGAGACAAGCCAGAGAUGGUGGAUCCCGCCAAGUGUGAAUAUCGGGGUUAAAGAAAGGCUACUCUACGCGAUAGAACAUAUAAAACACUCUUCGGUACACAAAAACGCGCUUAUUCAAAUAUGGCUACCGGAAAACCGAGAAGGAAAGAAAGUUUUGAGUACGACAGAUCAUCUUUUCUCACUCGGGUCGGAUUCCCCUCAACUUUCUAAUUAUAGAAACAUAUCGGAAAACUAUCAUUUUCCAGCAGAGAGUGAUACGAAGGAUAUUGUCGGGUUACCCGGAAGGGUAUUUAUGGGAAAAGUACCCGAAUGGACUCCAGAUGUUCGGUUUUUUAAAACUGAAGAAUACCCAAGAGUUGUUCAUGCUAAACAAUAUGAUGUUCGUGGGAGCGUUGCGGUGCCUAUUUUUGAUCAAGAUAGACAAAGUUGUCUUGGUGUGAUUGAGGUUGUUAUGACUACUCAAAAGAGUAAUUAUACACCAGAAAUAGAUGGCGUUUGUAAAGCUCUCGAGGCGGUUGAUCUGAGGAGUUCUGAAUCUUCAAACGCUCAGAAAAUCAAGGUAACCGAUGGUAUGUAUCAAGCAGCAUUGCCCGAGAUUCACGAGAUCCUAAAAUCCGCUUGCAAAACGCAUAACUUACCUUUGGCUCAAACGUGGGUCCCGUGCAUACAACAAGGAAAAGACGGCUGUCGGCAUUCGGACACAAACUUAAUCCACUGUAUAUCAACCGUAGACCGCGCUUGCUACGUGCACGAUACCCGUUUUAAAGAUUUUCAAGAAGCGUGUUCCGAGCACCAUCUGUUGAAAGGACAAGGUCCUGUAGGUAGAGCUUUCACCACGAACCAACCGAGUUAUUUUCCGGAUGUAACGUCAAUGACGAAAACCGAGUACCCGCUUUCACAUCAUGCUCGGGUUUUCGGUUUGUGUGGGGUCGUUGCAAUACGUCUAAGAAGCACGUUUACGGGUAAUGUUGAUUAUGUGUUGGAGUUUUUUUUACCCGUUGAUUGUAGAGAUCAAGAACAGCAAACAAGUUUGCUUAAUUCUUUGUCGGUUAUUAUACAAAAAGUUUGUCGGAGUUUAAGGACUGUUACGGAUCAGGAGUUGUUGGAAGAAAGUUCGGUUGUUGUUCCAAGUACUGUAGAAGUGAAAGUUGAAGAAAUCUUGACCGAAAAGCCCAUGGAUUUUGUUAGAAAACAACAGAAUGAUACGGGUUCUGGUGAGGGUAGUUCCGUCAAUGAUGGUAUUAAGCGGCCCGAGAGACGACGGGGCGGGCCAAAGUCGGAGAAAACCAUCUCUUUGGAAAUGCUUAGACAGUAUUUUGCUGGCAGCCUGAAAGACGCUGCUAAGAACCUCGGGGUUUGUCCGACGACUUUAAAAAGGAUAUGCCGACAACACGGGAUACAACGUUGGCCUUCUCGGAAGAUCAAGAAAGUCGGUCAUUCAUUACAAAAGAUCCAGCUUGUGAUGGAUUCCGUUCAUGGAGCUUCGGGUUCGUUCCAAAUCGAGUCAUUUUACUCAAAUUUCCCCGCUCUUGCUUCUCCCGAUCCAAACACAAGCUCGCUUUCACCUUCAAAGUUCAUUAUGAUUGAUUCAAAAGCCGGAGAUGGUGUCACGAAAUCACUGUCCCCCUCAUGCAGUCAAACUUCGAGUUCUGGUCAAUCGAGUUCAAGUGGGAACCCCCCGUACCCGUACCCAAACCCACGCACACCUACGGGUGAAGAUACGUGCAACAAUGUCUUGAAAAGAGCGCGUAGUGAUGCGGACCUUCACGUGUCACUUUAUAGUCAAGAUCAAGAUCAAGAUCAAGAUCAAGAACCAGAACAGAAGGUUUUUAAUAGAUCGCGUAGCCAUAAAUUGCUCACCGAGCUCCCAACAGCUCCAAUGAUUCCUCCAAAUAGCGGGAAUGCUCGAGAUGAAAGUAUUCUUAGAGUUAAAGUCGCAUUCGGUGAAGAAAAGAUACGUUUUCGGUUGCAAAACGAUUGGGGAUUCGAUCGGUUACUUCAAGAAAUCGCUAAGAGGUUUAGCGUAAACGAUAUCAAAGAGUUUCAUCUCAAGUACUUUGAUGAUGAUUCCGAAUGGGUUCUUUUAACGUGCGAUGCUGAUUUAGAGGAAUGUAUCGAUGUUUAUAGAUCGUGUAAGAGCGGGACAAUUAAACUCGCUCUUUUAGAACCUCAAUAUUUGGGCGGUGGUAGUUUCGGUAGCAAUGCCACCUUGUAAUAGUCGACCUUGGUUCAUCGGUUCGUUGUUCAGUCACAUUCUUUUGUGACGGGAUCAUCUCGAAUGGUCAUGGUUGAUGGGUCAAGACGGGUUCUUUUGGUCAAACACAUGAAUAAUUCAGCUUAGAAAUCGCGGUUGUGUGUCAAGUUGUCUACGUGUGUUUUUGAUGGUGCAUUAAUGGGUUGUAACGAACGGUUUGGCUUACAGGUUGACGGGAAGAUGAGUAAAAUGUUAGUGAAAUAUACUUGUGUUUUUGAUGGUAGUUUGUUGUACAAAUUAAACUUGGUAAUGGGUAGUUUUGUAUUUGGAUUCUGUAGUAAGUUGUACUGUACGCAUCAACAGUUGUACAUUGUUGUAGUUGAUUGUUGAAAAAGAAAUGAAACGAUGAUAGCCUUUGGGUUUCUA